GCAAUUCAGGGAAUGUCCCUAGUUUCUUAUGCUCCUAUCACAAACAUAACCAACAGUAGUCUUAAAAAACUUUAUUGAGAAAAAAAACCUGGCAGGUUAGACAAAGGAGAGUCAGUGGAUGUUGUUUACUUGGAUUUUCAGAAGGCCUUUGACAAGGCACUGCACAUGACACUGCUUAAUAAGAGCCCAUGGUAUCACAGGAAAGAUACUAGCAUGGAUAGAUGAUUUGCUAACUGGAGGCAGCAAGUGGGAAUAAAGGGCUUUUUCAGGUUGGCUGCCUGGUGUUCCACAGGGUUCAGUAUUGGGACCACUAUUUUUUAUGUGAUAUGUCAAUAACUUGGGUGAUGGAAUUGACUGCUUUGUGGCCUAGACUAUAUUCUAAACAGGGAGGAAAUUCAAAAAUCAGAGGUGCAUAGGGAAUUAGGAUUUCUUAAAGGUUAACUUGCAGGUUGAGUCAGUGGAAAGGAAGGCAAAUACAAUGUUAAAGACUAGAAUAUAAGAGCACAAAUGUGAUGCUGAGGCUUUAUAAGGCACUGGUCAGACCACACAUAGAGUACUGUGAGCCAUUUUGUGCCCCUUAUCUAAGAAAAUACGUGCUGGCUUUGGAGAGGGUCCAGGGGAGGUUCACGAGAAUGAGAAGGCAAACACAUGAUGAGCGUUUGAUGGCUUUGGGCCUGUACUCACUGGAGUUUAGAAAAUGAGGGGCGGGCGGGAAUCACAUUGAAAUAUUGAAAGGUCUAGACAGUAGAUGUGGAGAUGAAGUUUCCUAUAGUCUAGGACCAGAGGGCACAGCCCCAGACAUUCACUUAGAACAGAGAUGAGAGGGAACUUCUUCAGCCAGAGAGUGGUGAAUCUGUGGAAUUCAUUGCCACAUAUGGCUGUGAAGGCCAAGUCACUGAAAAUAUUUAAAGCAGUUGAUUAGUUAGAGUAUACUAGUGAGCUUACUGGGAGAAGGCAGGAGAAUAGGGUUUAGAGGGAAAUUAAUAAUAUAUCAGCCUUGAUGGAAUGGCUGAGCAUACUCGAUGGGCCGAAUGGCCUAACUUUGCUCCUAUGUCUUCGGGUCCGAAACCGCGCAGCCUCUAAAAUGGGAUGGAAAUCAACUAAGGGCCGCGUGUUGUCUCUUUAAAACAGAGCCGGAGUGAGUGGGCGGGUGCGGUUGUAUUUGCGCCUGUCUCACUCUCUGUGUUCUCAGCUGCUCCAAUGUCACAGAAGCUGUUGCUUUUCCUCUCGGCUCUGCCAGCCGUCAGCUGAUGAGCCGCUUCACCCCCAUACACAGACGCACGUAGUGGCGCAUGCAGAAUCACUCCCACCCCUUCUGUUACCCAUCGCUGCCCAUUUCUUUCCCCUUCAGUUUCAGCUUGAGCCCACUCCAGUUCCCCCCUUUGCAGGGAACCUGUGUUGUAGGCACAAGCCGGCUGCCUGGUGCAGGCACUGGGCAAUAGUCCUUUGUUUACAUGCAAUGCCGGUGCCGGCGGAAGGAGGCGGCGGUGCUGCGAAAGCACCAGCUGUUUCCCGCCAUUUACAACCAUCUGAUACAGCGAUCAGCUGGAAACACACACACGUAGCCUGCACUCAGACAGAUUUUUUUUAAAUUUAACGCAAUUAUUAUUUUUGGGCAGUUUAUUUUUCAUCCAAGUGCAAGACAUGGAAUAUUUCGUGGUGCCCACUCAAAAGGUACCUUCAUUCCAGGAUUUCAGGAAGACUGAGAAAGAAGUGAUAGGAGGUCUCUGUAGGUGUGUACUUUUCUUUCCCCCUUUUUAUAUCUGUAUUUUAUUCGCUACAAACACGGCUCCAUUUGCUGCCUUGAUGGAAGAGCUUUCAGGUGCUCGGGCGGGUCGGGAGGCGCCAGCGGGACUGGUGCUGCCUUUGCAGCUUGGCUAAUAUUCCACUGUCCCAGGAGUCUCAGAGAGACCAGGAGAGGAGGAUACGGAGAGAGAUCGCCAACAGCAAUGAGCGACGCCGAAUGCAAAGCAUCAAUGCUGGCUUCCAGUCCCUGAAGACACUGAUACCACACACAGAUGGCGAGAAACUGAGCAAGGCAGCUAUUUUGCAGCAAACUGCUGAAUAUAUAUUCUCACUUGAGCAAGAGAAAACCCGACUACUUCAGCAGAACUCCCAGCUGAAGCGCUUCAUUCAGGAAUACAGUGGCUCCUCACCCAAACGGAGGCGGGCAGAGGAUAAAGACGAAGGAAUCGGCUCCCCAGAUGUCUGGGAGGAUGAGAAACUAGAGGACUUGAAACGGGAGAUGAUUGAACUGCGGCAGCAGCUGGAUAAGGAACGCUCUGUUAGAAUGAUGCUGGAGGAACAGCAGGUUCGCUCGCUGGAAGCUCAUGUGUACCCCGAGAAGCUGAAGGCCAUUGCGCAGCAAGUGCAGAUACAGCAACAGCAGCUGGAGCAGUCCAAGAUCCUUCAGUUGGGCGAGCAGCAGGAACCCGAGCCCUGUCGCGUAACACAGCUGCUGCCAGCACCUGUUGUUCCAGCAUCAACUCACCAUCCGACUGUCAUAGUGCAGACUCCGCCUCCGAUGCCUUCACACCAAGUCACUGUGGUGACAAUGGGACCAUCCACUGUCAUCAACAGUUCCUCCACUACAUCAAGACAAAACUUAGACACAAUUGUGCAGGCGAUCCAGCACAUUGAAGGGACUCAAGAGAAACCAGAAGAGGAGCAGCGACGAGUAGUGAUUGUCCAACCUAAUCGAGCUUGGUCUGAUACUGAAUCAGACAGGGAGGAGAGCGAGGCGACAGAAAAUCUAGCAUUGGGCAAGGAGAAGGAACCAGUGGAGAGAGUUCUUCCAUGACACUAGAGCUGCAUUACACUGACCGAUCCAGGUGGCAUUCCCUGUGUUAUUCUCAGAAAAAGGAAUUUUUUAAAGUUGGAGCGUGUUUUUGGACCUUCCCAAUACUGUAAACAGUCAAAGCCUGGAGUGAGAGGUUAUUGAAAUCUGGACCAUACCAGAUGGGAUCUCAAAAUCCUUUCUCAUGACUACCUUGGAAUCCAUAGCUGAAGAGUUGCUGAAGGACAUUUUAGCAUUCUUUUUUGUUCUGGGAGAGGGGGGUGGAAUUUCAAGCACUUACCAAUUUGUUCAGUCCAUUGAGAGGAGGUCCUCUCAAUGUGACUGUUCAUCCACUUCAGCACCCAUCCCCCUUUCUUGUACUGAUGUAGUUAUUUUUUUUAUGCAAAGUCAUUUCAUGUAGUUUGUUUGUUAGUUUCCCUUCAUCUCUCCCUGUAUCUGUAUUUGAGUUUUAUGUUGAGACGAGGUUUGUGUUCAUGGAAAAACUAUUAUAUUUUGUUAAAGAAAGUGGAAAAAAAUGGCACCUGCCAUGCAGAGAGAAAUAAAAUUUGUACUUUGUU